AGUUCCUUCCAUACAUACAGACAUCUCUAUCAUUUCCCCCAAUACUUGUUCCACCCCAGCACCCUUUCAAGAAAGAGCAUCCCCCAUGGCAGCCCACCUUCAUGUUCAACAUCAACAACAACACCUGAAUCUUCCGGCGGGGUUCAGGUUUCACCCAACAGAUGUGGAAAUCAUCACCUUCUACCUAGUCCACAAGGUUCUGAAGAAACCCUUCGACGUGAUAGUAAUCGAGGAGGUGGAUCUGAACAAAUGUGAGCCAUGGGAUCUCCCAAAUAAUGUAAAUAUGGGGGAGAAGGACCAAUACUUCUUCUCCAAGAAGGACCUCAAGUACCCCACCGGGGUACGCACCAACCGGGCCACGAACGCUGGAUAUUGGAAGGCCACUGGAAAGGACAAGGAGAUUGUCCACCCACCGACCAUGAGUCUCGUCGGCAUGAAGAAGACUCUGGUCUUUUACAAGGGCAGAGCCCCCAGGGGGGAGAAGACAAACUGGAUCAUGCACGAGUACAGACUCGAGAUGGGAAAGCAACACACACCAGACCUGCCCACCGACAUCGUGAGAGCCGCCUCCAUUAAUGCAACUUCCAAGGAGGAGUAUGUUGUUUGUAGAAUCUUCCAUAAGAGCACUGGACUAAAGAAGGUGGUGAUGCCUUCAUAUUCCAUGCCCAUUCCCAUGUCCAUGGGGGAAGAGCAACAACAGGGCUUCCUCGAAUCUAAUACCCUAGCUCCUCUCAUGGACUAUGAUGUGCCAUCGUCAUUAGCGCCACUGCCGCCGCUGCCUGCAGCUUCUUUGUACCAGAUGCAUAACUUCGGGGCUGGAGCCUCUAUGAUGGGCAGUGCGGUGCUUCCAAUGAUGAAUAACCAAUACUUUGAAAAUCAUCACCACCAGAUGAUGGUCGCCCCACCACAGUCAUCAAUGUCGUUCUACAACAAUCAGCAGCAGCAGAUGAUGCAUAUGAGUGCAGAGCUGGACUUCAUGGUCGGGGUUGAUCCUGGGAGCGGCACAUCAUCUAUAGUGUCACAUGAGGAUGUUCUAACUGGGACGAGCAACAACAUUCAGGGAAAUGCUGGUGCAACAAUCUCCGGUGAGAUCUCGUCGGUCAACAUGGGUAUGGAUGGCAUGUGGAACUACUGAUGAUCAAAUGAUCUGCGAGAAUAUAUAAAUGUGUUCAUGCAUAAAAUAAGCAUCCACCAAAAGAUCAGUUGAUAUAUACCAACAUCUAUAUUGGUUUGUACUGCAUUUUAUUUUCAUCAUGGUCACAAGAGAGUUUGUAUGCAUUGGCUUGCUUGGCCUUCUUUUCUUCUUACAUUAUUGUGUAUAUGUGUACUGGCUUGUAUGUGCACCAUCAACUGGUGUAUACCUAGCUACAUUUGCAUGCGUUGUUAAAUACCUGACAAUGUGUCAUGCAUGUUUUAAACCUAUGUGGAAUAAACUAUUUUGUUUAAUUA